AUGGGAAAUAAAGUAUUCUCUGCUGAAGCUUCCAUCUCUUUUUCUUCUUUUCUUCUCCUUCAACACAAUUACUUGCUCUCGGCAUACUCACAAUUUACAGCCAUGUCGCUUCGAAAAACGCACCAUUCAACAACGGACCGCUUUGAUAGUGAAACCCAUUCUCAGAUAAUAGAUAACCCCCAAGACAAUAUACCCGAAGAUACUGAUAGAGUGAGCGACGUUGAAAGUGAUUGCUCUGAGCAUUCUGUGAUUUUAUUUCAUGUAGAAAAUUAUAGCGAAUUAGAGACUAUCAUGCAACGGUUUGCCAAUCGACCGAGCACACCUCAACAUGAAGAUCAGUACGACCUACCCAACGUACUUCCAGAUUAUACCAAUCCUACGCCCCCCAUACUCGAUAUAGAGCGCAUGUUGCAGAAUCCGAAUCCCAUCAUAUCGCCCAUACAGAUGAAAGUAUCCUACGAAGACAUCAUGGACGUUAUUAUGGGAAAGGCCCAGAAGGACUGGUGUUGCUUAGCCUUUAAGAUUGCGCCGCUGAAGAUCGAUGUAGCCAAGGAUUGGCGAUCUCGGCCGAAACCCAUUGUGGAUGGUCUAGCUGCCAUUACAUUGGCGACAUUCAUCGGCAAAGACUGCACUGAAGAUUUCGGCAUGGCGACGGCUGCGGCGUUUUAUAAACAAGCAAGCAACCGCAUGGAUGUUUUAUUUGACAGUAUGAAUGCAGACGCCGUUUUAGCGUAUUUUUGCUUGAGUUACGCCUCUAAUCUCAUGCGGUUAUAUGAUCAGCAAAAGACCUGGGGGAGUUUGGCAUCCAUUGCAUUAUUUCAUUUGACGCAAAGCGAUAAAUCCCGCCCCAACUUCCAAGAACUGAUCCGCCUCUGCUGGUGUCGAUGGUACUAUAUAGAUGCUUGGGUUGGAUUGUCCUUGAAUAGACCACUGUUACUGAGAAAAGACCAUCCCAUGCAUGUGCCAACCUUGACCGAGAUGAUCGAGCAGAAAACCGUGACGGAUCCGGAGACCUUGAAUUUAUACCACUUUGCGGCUCUAGGCGGGGUCAUUCGGCGCGCCAUCACUGGUCUUAAGUUUCGUGCGUUCUUUGAUCCUAAUGCUCCUGAAGGUCAGGUCCUCCCUUCCAAAGCAUACAUGGACUUCACCAACGAUCAUCGUAGCUGGUUCGCUCUUCUUCAGGACGCGACCUUGAGCGAACGAUCCAACAUCAACUUUGUAGGCCCCAGAAAAUUUAACUUCAAACCCAAAGUCGAUGUUCACCUGCAUUUGUCAUAUCACUCUAUUCGCCUGGUCAUUCUCUUUCAAUUCUUGUUACCCGAUAGCCAACCGCCGAAUGACAUGAUCUUUGACACACUCGACACCAUUUCUGAACUACUCUCCGGACUAGAGUACUUGCAUGAGAUUGGUUGCGACCAGAGCACUUAUCACCACAUGUUCUUUGCUAUUCAUAAUGCCGCGAAAAUGGUCCACCAUUAUUCGGAAGACGACGAUUCAACAAGAGUCAUUGCUCGAGAACAAAUGUUGUUGAACAAUCACUUAUUGCGAGGAACCUCAGCGUAUGAAAAUGAUUUGUUCAACUUACGAUUUUACGGAGAAAAAAUAGAUAGUGAUUUUGAACUUUUGGAAAUCGAGCAUACAAGCGAGCCACUUGUAGAUGAUUACAGCAUCCAAGUGUUUAGAGCUGAUCCCAUUGCAAAAAACAUACGUAAAAAGCGCGCUAAGAAAAAGGGUUCAAUGCGUAUGGCCAUCAAUAAACGACAGGGAGCAAUGUAA